GGAUUGUUACGUUCAUAUGCACCAUGCAACAGCUGAUGAUUUUGGUGUGAUUUUCUUGUGCAUUACAGCACGUGUUAAGGUUGUAAAUCUACAUAAUAUAUAUCAUAUCAAACAGCAGCUGGUCAAACGCCGCUGUUUGAUGUUGUUUUAAGUUAGAUCGCGAGCGACCUUCAAUUAGCUAUUAAUUGUUCUUGGAAGACGCGCCACGUAUGACACCUAUUUCCUGUCACCUAGCAGAGUAGCUAUUUUGAUCGAACUUUUGGUGUUUUUCUUCUUUUAUUUAUUUCCCUUUUAAUCAUAAAUUAAUAUUUAACCUUCUGCAAGCAGCGAGUGCUACAAGUUAUUAACAUUUAGUGUUUAUGUGAGGACCGGGGAGCACUUUCUAAAAACCGCUUGUUAUGGACGAAAAGCAGGAAAACGUGGUCAACGAUGAAGGUCCGUCUCACAUAGUCCCUAUACCUGAUAAGACGAAAGACGUAGAAAUGUCGGGCAGCCGAAACAAACUCCUUGUUUGUGCCGCAGGAACGUUCAUCUGCUACUUUUAUUACGGAAUUAUCCAGGAGUCCAUAACGAAGGGUAAAUAUGGAGAAGGAGAGAAGUCGGAGAAGUUCACGCAGACAAUGGCUCUGGUGUUUGUACAAUGUAUCAUUAAUGCCCUUGCAGCAAAAAUAGCGAUGACCUGGCAGAAGGAAAGGGACACCACUUCAAGCAAACUGUUUUCUUUUUGUUCCCUGUCCUAUCUAGGAGCCAUGUUAGCCAGUAACCAUGCUCUUCAGCAUGUUUCGUACCCAACUCAGGUUCUGGGGAAGUCAGCAAAGCCUAUUCCUGUAAUGAUCUUGGGGAUUAUGUUUGCCAGGAAACGAUAUCCCCUAGCCAAGUUCUUGUUUGUACUCAUGAUAGUCCUAGGAGUGGCCAUGUUUCUAUAUAAAGACUCUGGACAAACCAAAAAAUCACACACAGACAGCCUAAUUGGCAUGGGAGAAAUUUUACUGUUGGUGUCCCUGACACUAGAUGGUGUUACAGGUGCUGUUCAGGAGAGGAUGAGAACAGAUCAUAAAACCGGACCUUACAGCAUGAUGUUUAAUAUCAAUAUGUGGUCUAUAUUAUGGUUAGCUAUAGGAUUAGUAAUCUCAGGUCAGGGUAUAGAUUUCUUGGGAUUUAUGGAAAGACAUCCCUCUAUACUUUUUAAGAUGAUAACCUUUGGAUUGGCAAGUGCUGCUGGACAGACAUUUAUCUUCAUCACUGUCUCAACAUAUGGACCAUUAACAUGCUCCAUCAUCACAACAACUAGAAAGUUUUUUACUAUUUUGGGAUCAGUCAUAAUUUUCCAGAACCCCAUGAACAGCAGACAGUGGUUAGGGACCGUGCUAGUAUUUGCUGGCCUGGGACUAGACAGUGCUUACGGAAAGGAAAAGAAAAAAAAGUGAAUGAUCACAAAUACAGCUCGAUCACACCAAUCCAAAAAUCUUGCCAAAUAGAGCAUUAAAAAGCUGAGCUUUAUUUGUGAAGAGAAAAAAAAAGUUGUUUUUUAAAGAGAUAUGUUUGUUACACUGUAUACAGUCACUGUACAGUGAGUGUACACAGUGGAAGGUAUUCAGACAUUGUUGGACUGUAGCUACACCUGUUCUUCAGAAUGUCUGUGAUAAGAGACCGGAUGUGGAAGUAAUCGGUAUCGAGGUGGUGCUUGUUUCUUGUAGAUGUAUUUAUGAUUUUUAAGAUCUGAAAAUGUGUAAUUGAAGACAACUGAAGUAUUUUUUAGUGUAUCGUGUUAUCAAUAAGGCAAACUUGUUACAGAUGAAGAAACACUACUUGUCUACGCAUUAUUUAGAGAUGUAUUCUCAUCAGCUGAACAAAAAUAAAAGCAUUAAUUGUAUAUGUGGAUUUGUACAUUAUGAUGUAUUACUCUUUCUGUGGUACAAUGUAUGGAAGACCACAGUUCACUACAUUGGCAUAGAUAUGAAUGAUAUCACACAGGUUUUACAGGUGUUCAGAAUUGAUAAAUUGUCAAUUUUUCAGUACAUUUUUAUGACCAUAUCUUUUUAAUAUGUUCUUUUAUGGCGAAACCUUGUGAAAUUGCAUUCACUACAUUGAAUAUGUUAAUGUAUUCUAUUUUUGUUGAAUAAAUGUUUUGUUUUGCAGAAA